CCUAUGAAGAACUCCAGCUGGACUAUCCCUCUACUGAGGAUCAAUCCGUGAAAGACCCAUCAGACCCUAACAUUGUCUAGGAGAUCCACAGAAAGAAGAAAACAACAGUUAGAGGUUGACUUGGUCCUCCCAUCAAGACGUUCCCUGAAGAGUACAUUUGCCACUGAAGAAAGAAUUCCACAUCACCAGGAGCUCUACGGGGAAAUCUGGGAGAAGCUAUGAAAAGAUUUCAAUGGAGAAAGGAUGAUAGAACUAUCCGACUUUCCCAUGAGCUCUCGAAGGGUGAGAAAGAAGCCACUGAGAACAGAAAGGCAAAAGUUCUGGAGUGCCUCAAGAGCCUUGGCAUUGCCCGUGAUGAGGAUACAAAGGAUGACAUGCCCAAUAUCGCUGUCCUAGGAUCAGGCAGAGGUCUACGGGCCAUGAUAGCCCUUCAAGGAUCCUUGGUGGAGAUGAAGAAGCAGGGCCUGUUGGACGCUGUCCUGUAUCUGUGUGGGGUAUCGGGUUCCACCUGGUGCAUGUCUACCCUCUACAAAGACAAGGACUGGACAGAGAAAGUACAGGACUUGGAAGAACGCCUGUGUGAUACACUUUCCAAAUCUUCAUGGGAUCUUCAUAAGGCGUACUCUCUUGUGUGCCAGGCAGCUAAAGAUGAACUCUUCUCUCUCACUGAUAUCUGGGCCUCUUUCGUUGUCUACAAAAUAUUGAAUCAGUAUGAUCAGACCAAGUUAUCUCAACAAGACGAUGCCUCCACAAGUGGGACAAAUCCUUACCCCAUCUAUGCAGCAGUGGAAGCAAAGAUAUUGCAUAAAGCACAUGAAAACAGCCCAGGCACUUGGUUUGAAUUCACCCCUCAUGAGUCUGGCUUUCCUGCCCUGGGGGCAUUUGUGUGCACCAAAGACUUGGGAAGCAAAUUCGAGAAUGGGAAGUUGAAAGAUAACAGCGAAGAGAAAAGUAUCUGCUACCUGCAAGGUUUAUGGGGAAGUGUCUUUGGAUGCAUAGAGGAAAACAUUAAAUAUUUAAAAGAGCUUGUUCUCCAAAUAUUUUCCGGAGGACUGAGAGGAAAACAUGAGUAUGCAGUAGGUGGAGCAGAAAACACAUCAGAAAUGGCCAUGCCUCCUCUUGGAGGAGGUACUCAUUGCACUUGUACACAUUGUCGGAGUGCCCUCCUCCUCCUGGAGUUUCACGGUCAUGCCUCAGCUGGGGAAGACUGCGAGGGAGUCUUUGGGAAGCUGAAGGAAGUCCUGAAAGAACACAAGGGCAAGAAUUCCUACCAGAAGUGUUGUGAAAUGAGUGAGACCUGGAGUUCAAAGACCUUGGCAGCAAGAAUGGAGGAGUGUGCUGAAUUUGGCAGGAUUUUUGAAACAGAACAUGGAGGAAGUGUAUCGAGUGCAUGUCAAUUGUUUUGGAAAAUCUGUAUCUGUAUCUUCCACUGGAGAUGGGGGAGCAUCUAUAACUUUCUGUACAAAUGUGAUGCUAAAUCCACUGGCUUGGAUAAGGAUGAAGUCAUCAACCUGAUCGAUGCCGGCAUUGGCAUAAAUUCCGCCUACCCCCUUGUUCUGCGUCCAGAGAGGAAAGUGAAACUGAUCCUUUCCUUUGACUUCAGCAGUAAGGAUCCUUUCAAGACCAUCAAGAAAACUGCCAAGUACUGUGAGGCAAAUAACAUCCCAUUUCCCAAGAUAGACCCAGAAAAGCUGAAGAACACAGAUACUCCUUCCAGUUGCUACAUCUUCAGAGGGAAGGACAUUCCCACUGUCAUGCACUUCCCGCUCUUCAACAAGGAAAAUUGUCCAGAUAAAAUACAUGACUUCAGAGAGAGGUAUUCCACCUUUCAUUUUUCCUACAAAGAGGAUGAUGUCAAAGAACUCCUCAAAAGAGCGAAGAUGAACAUAUCCAACAACAAGGAGAGGAUUCGGGAGGAGAUCCAGCAGAUUGUGUCCUCCUCCACCAAGAAGUUUUAAAACCAUGUCUCUGUUUUGCUCGUGUUCAAGAAGGACAGAAAAUCUGAGCCUGGAUCUGAGCGGCAAUGUGACUAUUUCAAACCUAACUGCAGUAGAAUGAGUUAGUUUCCCUGGGUUAGAUUCACAAAGGGAUUUAGGAACCUAUUUGCCACUUUAGGUGCCUCAGUCCCACAUUUAGGCACCCCUGGGAUUCACAAAACUCUUGUUCAGCUGCUGCAAAAUCCUGUAGUGCCUAAACUCCCUUGGCACCUAAGUUGUUGCAAUGAAAUAUCCUUAGAUGCCUAUGUUUCAGCCUCGGGGCAUGUGCACUGCAGCCACCAUCUUGGUGUCCAGGUUCCUAAACCCCAGAGUGAUUCCUGACCUGUGAAAGACAGGCAUUCCUCUGCCUACCUCACCAAUGGAGCCUGAGCCGUGAUGUGAGAAGGAGGAAGAUGGCCUCCCUCAUAACUGUUAGCCCAGUCGGUAGCAUACUCACCUGGGAUGGAGAAGACCGCGUGUCAAUUUCUCUCUUUGCCUCAUGGGGGAAGGGAUUUGAAGCAUAUAUGCUACUUAUGAGGUGGGUGCCCUCAUCACUGGGCAGUGGGGUAGUCUGAUGGCGGGGUAGUCUUAAAUCCCCCUGUUCAAGGCGUUCCACUGUGGAUUAAAGACAAUUUUGGCCAGACAGAGAGAAAGCAAGCAUGAGAAGGAAAGGUCCUUUCAUGAAUUGGUAACUGGUAAAAGAUAGGAAACAAAGGGUAGGAAUAAAUGGUCAGUUUUCAGAAAGCAGAGAGGUAAAUAGUGGUGUCCCCCAAGGGUCUGUACUGAGCCCAGUCCUAGUCAACAUAUUCAUAAAUGAUCUGAAAAAAGGAGUAAACAGUGAGGUGGCAAAAUUUGAAGAUGAUACAAAACUAAUCAAAAUAGUUAAUUCCAGGCAGACUGUGAAGAGCUACAAAAGGAUCUCUUAAAACUGGUUGACAGGGAAACAAAAUGGCAGAUGAAAUUCAAUGUUGAUAAAUGCAAAGUAAUACACAUUGGAAAACAUAAUCCCAACUAUACAUAUAAAAUGAUGGGGUCUAAAUUAUCUGUUACCAUUCAAGAAAGAGAUCUUGGAGUCAUUGUCGAUAGUUCUCUGAAUGCAUCCAUUCAAUGUGCAGUGGCAGUCCAAAAAGUGAACAAUAUGUUGGGAAUCAUUAAGAAAGGGAUAGAUAAUAAGACAGAGAAUAUCAUACUGCCUCUAUAUAAAUCUAUAGUACACCCACAUCUUGAAUACUGCAUGCAGAUGUGGUCGCCCCAUCUUAAAAAAGAUAUAUUGGAAUUGGAAAAGGUUCAGAAAAGUGCAACAAAAAUUAUUAGGGUUUUCAGCUUGGAAAAGAGAUGACUAAGGGUGGAUAUGAUAGAAGUCUAUAAAAUCAUGACUGGUGUGAAGAAAGUAAAUAGGGAAGUGUUAUUUACUCCCUCUCAUAACACAAGAAUUAGGGGUCACCAAAUGAAAUUAAUAGGCAGUAGAUUUAAAACAAAUAAAAGGAAGUAUUUUUUCACACAACGCACAGUCAACCUGUGGAACUCCUUGCCAGAGCAUGUUGUGAAGGCCAAGACUAUAACAGGGUUCAAUAUAGAACUAGCUAUGUUCUUGGCGGAUAGGUCCAUCAAUAGCUAUUAGCCAGGAUGGGCAGGGAUGGUGUCCCUAGCCUCUUUUUGCCAGACACUGAGAAAGGAAUGGAUCAUUCAAUGAUCUGUUCAUUCCCUCUGGGCACCUGGCAUUCAGCACUAUCAGAAGAAGGGAUACUGGGCUAGCUGGACCUUUGGUCUGACCCAGUAUGGCCAUUCUUAUGUUCUUAUGUUCUUAUGAGAAGCCUGAUGGCUCUCAGUUCCCCAGUUCUACAGCCUACAAAAGUGGGCCUGCAGGUGAGCUAUGUGGAGGAACGCCUGUCUUCUCCCAGUUCCCACACUGCUGUCGGGAUUAAGCAUCAGUAUGCCUAGAGCAGGGCAGCCAUGCAUAUGUUCAGAGCAUCUAGGGAACUCUUACUGCCAAAACUUAGGUGUCGACUGAGAAAAGAUGUCUACAGGGUCCAGUAACAACUGAGUAGAGGUUUGGUGAAUCCAAGUGAGGCCUGAUGCUGUGCUUUAGGUACAUAAUAUGGUAGCUGGGAGCCAAGUCCUUUUUAGAUAGAUUGAUAGAUAGAUAGAUUUUGUAAGACACACAAACAUGCAUGUUAGUUUGUCAGUGAUCAAAUGGCACCACACUAACACAGAAAUUUACACUCUUCGGAAUCAUAAUAUUACAGUUGCCCAGCAAACAAAUGUGUCUGCAAGAUUUCACUGUGGGAUUUCCUAGUUUACAAAGGGAAAGGAAGAACGGAAGUUUGCGCCCAGCUGUGAGCAAUCUUCCAAUUUUAUAUACAUGCCUGGUAAAUGAUGAGUAACUUUACUGGAGCUUUAGAGUGGUAGCCGUAUUAGUCUAUAUCAGCUAAAACAACGAGGAGUCCUUGUGGCACCUUAGAGACUAACACAUUUAUUUAGGAUUAGGCCUGAAUAAAGACUGGGAGUGGUUGGGUCAUUACAAAACCUAAACCUAAUUUCCGCAAUACUAAUUUCCCCCUGUUGUUACUCACACCUUCUUGUCAGCUGUCUGGAAUGGGCCACUCUCAUUACCACUUCAAAAAUUAUUUUUCUUCCCUUGGUAUCCUGCUGUCAAUUGAAUUGUCUCCUUAGACUGACCUGACACUUGGUAAGGCAAAUCGAAUAUUUUCAUGUAUUUAUACCUGCUCCUGUAUUUUCCACUCCAUGCAUCUGAUGAAGUGGGGUUUAGCCCAUGAAAGCUUAUGCCAAAAUAAAUUUGUUAGUCUCUAAGAUGCCACAAAGAUUCCUCAUUGUUUUUACUGAAGCUGAUGAUGUUACUUCACAUUUACUCUGUUAGAAUCUGGCCUGUUAUUUAUAAUGGUAAAAUUUAUUGCUUGUUAAUUUCCAAAUAGUUGUUCUUGUGCUGUGUGUGACAAUAACAUUUUACAACGCUCUUUCCUUCUGCAUGAUGAA